UGGCGAUCAAUUACGGUGAAAAGUGUUGCUAUGGAUUUCGACAGCCCGGAUUGUGUGGAAAAAGAUUUUCCCGGAUUGUACGCCUCGGAGGCCGGCGGGAAAAGCAAGAAAGAUGAAAAGGAUUUUAGUGACGCCGACCCGGAGAAGGUCAGCAAAAAGGAGCUUCUCAUUGGCCGGCGGAAGGAUAAGAAGGAAAAGAAAACCGCUUACGCCACCUUAGAGGGGGAAAGCUCACCGGAAGAGGACCUCGAAACAAAGAGCCCUUCGAAGACGAAAAAAUUGAAAACCUUCAAGUUCCCAUCGAAAAGCAAGGAGAAACGGGAAAAGUCGCGUGAAAAGGAAAAACCGGAACCGUCGUCGAAGCUGGACGACGUCGGGAAAACGCCGGACAGGGCCGAAAAGGAGAAGGAAAAGGAGAAGAAAAAAGACAAGGAGAAAAAGGAAAAAGAGAAGAAGGAAAAGUCGAAAGACAAGAAAGACAAGAAGCUGAAGCAGGGCAGCGUCAGCGAGGAGGUGCUGGAGCUCGGUGACGCUCAGCCGAUCUUUGGAGUGUCGCUUGGGCUGGCCAACGAGCGCAGCCGGUGCCACGAUGGGGUGAGCUUGCCGCUCGUCGUGCGGGACUGUGUCGAUUUCUUGCAGGAUCACGGACUGCAGAGUGACCAAAUCUAUAAGGUCGAAGCCGUCAAGACCAAGCUGCAGCAGCUGAAGCGAACCUACAACAACCGCGAGGGCAGCUGCGUUGGCGAGAUGGACGUGCCGAUUGCGUGCGGUUUGCUGAAAAUGUUCCUGCGCGAGCUUCCCGAACCGAUACUCACCACCGAUCUGUCGUCGCGCUUCGAAGAGGUCGCUUCCCAUUCGCAGGUGUCCCAGCAAGAGCAGGAACUGGUGUCGCUGGUGGAACAGCUACCCAGCUGCAACCGGACGCUGCUCUCGUGGAUGUUCAUGCACGUCGAUGCCGUGACGCAGAACGAAGACUACACGAAAAUGAAUGCUCAAAACAUUGCGAUGCUGCUCAGUCCCACGCUGCAAAUGUCGCACCGCCUGUUCGUGGCGAUCCUCUGUCACUGCAGCACCCUGUUCGCUGACACCACGUUGCACAAGUAUGUGCCUCCAAUAACGGCUUCCAGCCCCAACUUGCCCGAAACACCGGAAGAAAUAUCGACCGAAUUGAGAAAGCAGGAGAGCCUAUUGGCACAAAUUCACGCCGAAAUGAAUGCGGGCUUUGUAACGAAGAAGCGCGAGGAACAGCUGUGGGAAGUGCAGCGUAUCAUUACGCAACUAAAGCGCAAACUGCGAACGUUUGAGAAGAAAUCCGACUGCCUACAGAAAAGUCUGGACGACACCGUCGUCGAUGGCGACAUUUCGAUCGACUUGAACCUGCAGAAGGGUAAAUUUUCGUGCUCAGACGACGAGUCGUCCAUCAAAACGGUAACGGCCAUUUCGACCGAGUCGGCCACCAACACGGAAACGAAAAAUACACCCCAGGAGACGCCGGAUCAAACUGAGCGCACCGCGGAGCGUAAGAAAUCGGUCACCGAUUCGCCGGACACUGCCGUGAGCAUGGAGCCGGCGCCAGUGCCUCCACCGGUGGCAGCAGCAGCAGCAGCGGCCGUCCCACCGCCACCCGUGGAAGUGCCAAAAGUGAGCGACAAAAUAACGGUAACGGACAACGGGUUUCUUCUGCUGCCCCAGAAUCAUCCCGAGUACCUCACGUUGAUACGGUUGCAAUUGGAAAACCAAGAGCUGGUGAACUGGAAGGCGCAACUGCAGGCACGCAUCCAGGCCGAGCGGAACGAGAUCGUGAAGAUGAGCAAACUGCUCAUCACGGACGGCAGCGUGCACGGUGCGGCGGCGGGACACUUUGAUGGUUCGAUAACGUCGACCGAGGACUACGACCGGCUGGUGGCGCACUACGAGAAGGAGAACGCGCUCCUGGAACAGAAGCGUCAGAUGCUGGCGAAGGAAAUUUUCGAAGAAAACAAGAACCUCAUCCAAAUGCAAGUCGAUCUGGCGCUGAAUCGGUACAAAGUUUAG